CCACCAUGGCCACCGCCACCAGGGCCACCCUCGCCACCGUUGCCACUAUCGCCACCGCUAACAGGGCCACGCACUAUCGCCACUACCACCCUGGCCACGCAAGGAUGACUCGCGUACCUGCCUUCUCUUACAAUUAUGAAGAUAGGACAAAGGGCAAGCUCCUAUCGCACAGUGGUUCCGUUGUCCCGUGGUCCCGCGUCCGGGUCACCGCCCGGCCGGACCUGUCCCGUGCCCCCGAGCUCCAGAGCUCGGAAUCCUGGAACGCUCCUGAUUGGCUCGCGCCAAAAGGAAUCCACAGGGAUUCGUGA